UCCUGGCCCGCCGCCGCCUUCCCCCGGGCCGGAGCGAUGGUGAGGCUCGCUGCCAAGUGCCUACUGGCAGGAGAUCCAGCUGUGGGGAAGACUGCUUUAGCCCAGAUGUUCCGAAAUGAUGGGGCUCAUUUUCAGAAGAACUACACACUGACAACGGGCAUAGAACUGUUGGUGAAGGCUGUAUCAGUUCCAGAGACAAGUGAUAGUGUGGAAUUCUUCAUUUUUGACUCUGCAGGAAAAGAUCUUUUUUCUGAAAUGCUGGAGAAACUGUGGGAGCAACCCAAUGUCCUGUGCCUUGUGUAUGAUGUCACUAAUGAGCAAUCUUUCAACAACUGUGCCAAGUGGUUGGAGAAGCUGAGGGCUCAAGCAGCUGGAGUGCACAUCCCAGGUGUCUUAGUGGGAAAUAAAACAGACCUGGUUGGUCGUCGAGUUGUGGAGCAGAAACAAGCACAGGAGUGGGCUGAGAAACAUGGCCUGGAAUACUGUGAGAUGUCAGUUAAGGAGAUGAAAAAUUUUGAGGCCCCUUUCCACAUGCUGGCAAAGUUAUUCCACCAACUGUACAAAGAGAAAGUGGAAACUUUUCAUUCACUAGCUUGAGGGCCAUGACUGGGAUGACUUAUUUAUCCUCUAAGCUACUUCUAGUGACCAGAAUCCUGCAGGAUGGAAUACAGAGAGAAGAAA